AUCGACUAAGAUUGGAAGUUGGGACUAUUCCUCGACCAACUCAAUCACCUCAAACUCAAACAACACACUCAGUGAGCCAAAACCCAACCUGUGGCUAGAAAGCAUCAACUCCCCCCUCAUCCAGGAAGAUGGCGACAACAAAAUGCUCAAGCUGAGGUUCGACGUCAGCCAGUACCAACCAGAAGAAAUCAUCGUCAAAACAGUCGACAACAAAUUAUUAGUUCACGCGAAACACGAAGAAAAGACAGACUCAAAAUCCGUCUACAGGGAAUACAACCGUGAGUUCCUGCUGCCGAAGGGCACCAACCCGGAAAGCAUCAAGUCAUCGUUGAGCAAAGACGGUGUCCUCACCGUGGAGGCUCCUCUUCCCGCCCUCGGAGCCCCCGAGAAACUGGUGCCCAUCGCCCACCACUAAACACGAACCACUCUAAGUCCAACACAAAACCAGUCAAGUCGUACCUACCGAUCAACCCAUCCCUGCAUGAAAGCAUUUUUAUCUGACGAGAAAGGGAGCUUUCGGUCCGCGUGUGUAGCCCGAAACCAUAACUCUCUCAUAAAUUUACGCCAAUUAUUUAUUUUCCUAAAUUCAAGAAUUCGAAAUACUACAGUUUUUUCGGAUUCUGAUAUUUAAUUUUUUCCAUUUAUUUUUACUUCUUCUUAUUCUUCUUUUUUGUUUUUUACCUGAAAUGAUCGUUGUCAAUCUGAAGAGAUCGAAUAAUUUGAAAAAUUUCAGGAGUUAAAAAACUUCAAGAUACUUUUUCAUAUCUAGUUUCUUGAAGUGUUUUGCUUCCAAAAAUGUACAUGCAGGGGUGGGUCGCAAUUUCAACAUUAAAGCUAAAGCCACGCACACACAAAAAUUGACUUGGAAAAAUUUCUGGGUAAAUUUUCUGACGGUUAGUUUAAACAUUUUUAAAACAUUUUUACAAAAUUUUGCCGCUCGUGUUGGAAACGUUUUAUAGUGACAUUUUUAACAAUUUAAUACAAACGAAACUGCCUUAAAUUUUUCCCCUCGCUGAUUGAGAUUAUCGGCUUUACGCCUGCCUAAUUGGAAAAUUUGUACUGCCGUCUGAAAUUUUCCCCAGAUUCCUUGACCUGGACCGGUGUACCUAGAUAUUUUGCAGUUUGCUUUUUUGGUGACAAAUUUAUCUAUGUAUCUAGCUGUUUAAUUUUUAUAUUUUAUUUUGUUACAUUUUUUUAAAUGCAAUGUACUUAAGUGUCUCAUAAGUGACUAAAAUAGCUGAAUUAGUUUAACUUCUGAGCUGAGUAUUAAUAGUCAACAUUGAACUAAGUCAUCUCUUGGCCAAUCAAGAUACUCGAGGUUGUUGUAGCAACUCCUUUACUUUCUUUGCCAGGUUUAUUUUGGAAGAUUUUUUUGCCAUUAAACUACAAAAACUUGAAUUAAGGUCUCAUUGAAGCGCAGCUGCUGCUCAGCUUUGACUUUAUUUUCACAGUAUUUAUAUCUAUUUUUUUAGCCUGAUUUAAUCACAUGUUCAAAUGGUUGUAAAUAUUUGCCAAUUCCAAAAUUUGUCUACAUCCGAUAAUAUCUGCGCCCCAGAUAUGUUCGCAACGGCAAGCCAUGCAUUCACAGAUUUUUAUUUUUUCUCGUUUGCUGUUUUAAGUGCCUGUUUCUUUUAUUUUAAGGAACUUUAUUCUUGCUACUCUUUUUUUUAUAACUCAAUUUGAGUUUCUUGUUUGUACUGAUUUGCAUUCUCAGUGUUGCGAACAUUCAUUCUAUUCGAAAACGACCAGGGAAACUGGUCAGUUUUUUGAUUUGCAUAUACCUAUCCCUACAAACUCGUUUAAAUUUAAUUUAAACUGUAUAAUAAUUUUGUUACCUAUUUAUUUUGAGAUAAAUCAUUAACAAUACGA